AUCGUAAAUUAUUUAAAUCAUUAUGUAAAAAAUAAAAAAUUGAUAAAUAAUCUCUUUUUGAACACGGCCAUUACUUUUACUUUAUAACAAUGAUCCAAAAUGUACUAUUCAAAAUUAGAAAAAAAAAAAUCUAAAAAGGUUAUUUGGCUUGACAUGCUACUCUACCAUGAAUAAUAAAAUAUGAAGAUACAAAAAUCUACUAAAACCUUCAUUUUCAUAAUAUAAUGUCUUCAAUAAUAAAUUCAAUCCAAACACUCCAAUUCAGUACUUCUCUUCACUUCUUCUCCUCCACACCUUCUUCUUCUUCUUCUUCCUUACCCAAGCUUAGACUAAAACCCUCAACAACAACAACAACAACUACAAAACUCUUCUGCAUCUCUUCCACUCCCGACGCCAUGGCAGCCCCCACCACUGACGAAGUAGCUCGCGACUUCUUUCCUUUUCUCAGAAUCUACAAAAGCGGCCGCAUCGAGCGAAUCGCCGGCGCCGACGUUGUCCCCCCUUCGAUUGACCCCAAAACUGGCGUCGAAUCCAAAGAUGUAGUGAUCUCACCUGAAACCGGAGUCAAAGCAAGGCUGUACGUUCCCAAUUCCUCUGUCGCCGGUCAAAGCCAAUCUCCGAAAAAGCUUCCUCUGGUGGUUUACUUUCACGGUGGAGGUUUCUGCGUCGAGACACCUUUCUGUGCUAAGUACCACAACGCCGUUAACACCUUGGUCGCCGAAGCCAACGUGGUGGCUGUCUCCGUUGAUUACAGAUUAGCUCCGGAGAAUCCGAUCCCGAUUGCUUACGACGAUUCAUGGGAUGCCGUGAAAUGGGUCGUCUCUCAUUCCGAGGGGACUGGUCCGGAAGAGUGGUUGAACUCACGUGCGGAUCACGAGCGAGUUUUCUUCGCGGGAGACAGUGCUGGAGCUAACAUUGCUCAUCACAUGGCUAUACGAGUGGGAUUAGAAGGUGGGUUAAGCAAUGGAUCGAAGCUUUUGGGUAUUGCUCUAAUUCAUCCUUACUUUUGGGGAGCAGAGCCGAUUGGUAAUGAGGUGAAAUUUCCAGAGAAAGGGAAAUGGGCAGAAGGGAUUUGGCGUUUUGUGAGUCCAACCACAACUGGUGUUGAUGAUCCGUACAUAAAUCCAGGUAAGGAUAGUAAUUUGGGGAAAUUGGGUUGUGAGAGAGUGUUGAUUUGUGUGGCUGAGAAUGAUUUGUUAAGGGAUAGGGGAUUGUAUUAUAAGGAGAUUUUGGAGAAGAGUGAUUGGGUUGGGAGAGUUGAGGUGGUGGAAGCUGCUGGGGAUGAGCAUGUAUUCCAUCUUACUAAGCCAACUUGUGAAAAUGCUGUGGCUAUGCUUAAGAAAAUAUCUUCCUUUGUCGAACAAAGCUAGGGUGGUCCAUUUACCAUUGAAGAGAAUUUUAUUUAGUGUAUGUUUUUUUGUUUUUCUUAUUUGUUUGGAAAAAAAUAAAGUGGAAUUCUCUUCACAUUAUUGUUGUUUACAUUAAAAGAACAUGAACAUGUUAUUGUUGUUUUGAUGUAAUUGGUGGACUUGGAGUUGGACUUGUAUGGAUGGGGAAUUUUAUGUGGUUUCUCAUUUUUGUUGGAGUUAUUAUUAUUAUUUAAGUAAUAUAUUAAUGAUUUAUGUAUCGAA